AUGUUAUUACCAUACAAAUUAACCAAUAAUGGAAAGUACCUUUGUCGUCACCAAAACUGUAAUAGAUACUCAUCGUAUGAACACAAGGCCAGUCUUUGUAGACACGAAAGAAAGAUGAAACAUGAGUGCGACUCUACAUGCAAGGUGUGUAUGCGCGUCACCAAAAACAAUUCCACCUCUUUGCGUGUCCAAAAAUCCAAAUAUAUAACAUCAGUGGCCAACGGUAUCAGUGGCGCAUGUAGUUCACCUCCACUCGCAGUCAAGUACAUAUCACCCAAAGAGAGUAGUAAUGGAGCCAUCCGAAACAGCAACAGCAACAGCAGUCCAAGUUCCAGAUGCAGCUCUCCUUAUCUUUUGACCAUGGUCUCGUCGUCCGAUCUCAUCCACUCUGAAUCCAACCAAUUUCUCUACCAAUCGGUUACCGACUCUCCAGCAGGCUACUCUAGUCCUGCUAUUCGAACCAGUCCCAGUUUCCUCAUGCCCGCAUCCGCCUGCGAACUUUACAAUAGUCCCGCCACAUUCUCUUCGCAGUCGUCAGACUAUAGCGAUGAAUCAUCCGACUAUGACCAUAACGACGAAUCCCUGUCCUCUUCAUCGUCCUGUCCGCCAUAUAAAUCGUCGUCGGCGUCAGCUGGUACCAUGUCAAGUGACGAUGAACGAUCCAUCCAUGUCAAGUUACCAUCGAUUCAAUCUCUAUUUAACCUUCUUCAAUUAGACCAACAUGAACAACAACAGCAACAACAGCAACAACAACAUCUUCACCAUCAACAAUACCAACAAAUACAUCAGCAGCAACAGCAACAACAAUUUUCCAAUCAUUGUAGUCCGAUGGUAUCAUCAAACAUCAAUGUUAACAACGGAUCUGCUGUCAGCAAUCACAAUAUAAUGAACAGUAAUAUUCUACAUCAUCAUCAUCACCACCAUCAUUCUUCUGUGAUUGGUAGUCAUCUUUCAAAGUUGAUCGAUACUUCUAAAUGA